CGGCCGACGUCGAUAGUCUCGGAUGCCGAAGUAGUGCCGCUUGUGGUCUUCGACAUUCGAUUAGAAUUAGUGAAAUUCAGUGUUAUCAAUCUCUAAUUAAGCCUCAAUACUCAACCUAUCAACACAAACUUACAACUGUGUGUUGUCUUGACGGUGAGAAGCAGACAAUUUGCAGGUUAGGCUGUGUACAAUCGGUAGAGGACUCAGUGAGUCAAAACUAGAUUACGACAAAAGCUUAUCGUAAUCAAGACGAAGAAGUGGAUGCCAAACAGUGAAAACACGACAGUAUUGCUUCUGUUGCUGUCUAAAACGAGGAACCCAGAAAGGCCAGUCCAAAGGAGAGCAUCAUGGCGUUCGCCGGUCUGAAGAAACAGAUCAAUAAAGCCAACCAAUAUGUGACGGAGAAGAUGGGUGCCGCGGAAGGCACAAAAAUGGACGAUGACUUCGUCGAGAUGGAAAGGAAAACGGAUGUUACCUAUGAGCUUGUGGAGGAACUCCAAAUGAAAACCAAGGAGUUCUUGCAACCCAAUCCUACUGCUCGAGCCAAAAUGGCUGCAGUCAAAGCAGGAAUUAGCAAACUAAGCGGACAAGCCAAAGCAGCAACCUACCCGCAGCCGGAAGGAACCCUUGGGGAGACGAUGUUGGUCUAUGGACGCAAACUGGGCGAGGAAUCUGUUUUCGGCGCUGCGCUCAUCGAGUCCGGUGAAACAAUGAAGCAGUUGGCCGAUGUUAAAUACGCCUUGGACGAUAACGUCAAGCAGAAUUUCCUGGAGCCGCUGCAUCAUUUGCAAAGCAAAGACUUGAAAGAAGUUUUGCAUCACCGCAAGAAGUUACAUGGUCGCCGUUUGGAUUUCGAUUGUAAAAAACGCAAGCAGACCAAAGGAGGUAGUAGCGGUAACCUCCAAUCCAGCAGUCCUUAUGGGAGCCCUGCACGUUCUCCCUCACCCUACCGGGGCACUGGCUCGUCUGUGACUGAGGAUGAGAUUCGUCAAGCGGAGGAGAAAUUUGCCGAAUCGCUUCAUCUGGCCCAGAUGGGAAUGCAUAACAUUCUGGAUAACGAUGUGGAGCAAAUUGCGCAAUUGGCUUUCUUUGCCGAAGGACUGCUCGAGUACCACAAACAGUGUACUGAUAUUCUGAAAGUGCUAACAGAAACACUUCAUGACAAACGGAAUGAAGCAGCAAGCAAGCCCCGCAAGGAAUUUAUCCCCAAGACAUUGGCCGAUUUGCCAAUGUCAAUGGGUGGAGAAAUGAUAUCUUCAACUGGUCGUACUACACCGUCGAGUCUAACGGAGGGACUGAAUGGAAUGAAUAACGCCAAAACACCCAGCGCAGUGUCUCCGGGUUCAGCACCUGGCUGGGACCCGUUCGGUCAGAAUGCUCCUGUACCGCAAGGUCGUACCAACUCUAGGCCACAGCCUAGUGCUACAGCUGUUUACGAUUUUGAUCCUGAAAACCCUGGUGAAUUGGGUUUCAAGGAAGGAGAUUGCAUCACUCUCACCAGCCGUAUUGACGAGAACUGGUUCGAAGGUAGUCUCAAUGGCAAAACGGGUUUCUUUCCCGUCAAUUAUGUGCAUGUGACGGUGCCGCUUCCUUAAUGAUACAAUAAAGAAAAAUUGGUGGUAAAGAAUACGGAGUGCUGAGCCGAUUAUGCCGAAAGUGAGAUUUACGGUUUCAUCAGAAAGGACUUGUGCUAAUAUUUACUGCUUCUGUUGAAGGAAACCAGACAACAAGAAAACACAUAGCAACCGGGUUGUAUUACUUUUUGUUUGCCCUUUUGUUAUCAAACAAGAUCAGCAGUUGUGUUCUUGCUUCGUUAAAUUUAGCAUCCAGUCGUAUCCAUUUUACAUCACGUGUUAAAUAAAAAAUUACUAAAUUCUGAGUGUUAUUCAGGUUCGGAAUGUUGGACUAUCCGAUUUCUGAUUUCUGACUAAAUGUUUUACUCUUUGUCUUUUCUCCCUGUCUUUACGUUCUUCCCUCUUCCUACUUAAUCCUCUUGCUCGGGGAAUAUAUAAUUCUAACCAGUUCACUGCAGUAUAAUUCAAAUUUAGUUUGGAGCUAAUAGUUAUCAUUAUCUCCUUUUUCUUGUUUGGCAAACAUUCUCUAUCCGUCGUUUACAAGCAUAAUAUGGUAACUGUAUUCUCUUCUCAUAAUCAGCUACAACGCUGUAAUGCCGUUGUAUAAUUUAAGAACCACCACCAUCUUCUGUAUUUUGAAUCUUAUUUCUCUAUAUUACCUGUACUUAGUAAGAAAAAGAAUGUUGUCGUGUGAUUAAAAGGCCGUUGUUUAAAAGGUU